UUACGUUAAGUUAACCUGCUUGUUUUAAAGAACGCAAAUUAUGGAUAUUCCAACUCCUUCGAAUAUAAAUCAUGGAUUUUCACAUGCUAAUGAUGGAUUCUUAAAUAUACCUAUUGAGUCAGCAAGUUUGGAUCCAUUGUCUACCAAGCGUAGAAGUUCUUCACGUACAAUAAAGCGCAGAAAAUUUGAUGAUGAGCUCGUUGAAACAACAUUCAAUUUACAACCACCUGCUACAAGUGCAAAGUCUGCCUCCAGAUCUAGAACUGUUUCAAUUUCUACUGCUCCAAUGGAAUGUGUUCCACAGCAAAAUGUACCAAGUCCUAUUCCAAUUUCUGCAAAUGUACAUCAUGCAGAUAGAUGUAAUCGACGCACAAGUAGACCAGGAGGAUCAAAUGCUCCUGGUAGAAAAAAUAAGAAGAAUAAAAAUCACUCACAUUCGGUAAAUGCUACAAAAGAUUUGGGAAGAUGGAAGCCCACAGAUGAUUUAGCAUUGAUCACUGGUGUACAACAAACAAAUGAUUUAAGAAUGGUUCACAGAGGCACCAAAUUCUCUUGUCGCUUUACAUUACAAGAAAUACAGCAAAGAUGGUAUGCUCUGCUAUAUGAUAGUGCAGUAUCAAGAGUAGCAGUGCAAGCUAUGCGUAAUCUACAUCCAGAAUUGAUUGCUAGUGUACAAGCCAGAACAUUAUAUAGUAAAGCAGAAGAAGAUCUUCUUGGUACUAUAAAAUCGACCUCACAGCCAACAUUAGAAAUCUUUCAGGAACUUCUUGAGUCAAAUGCGCAUACACUUUAUUCUGCCAGAACUGCUAAAGCUUUAUUAGCUCACUGGCAAUUAAUGAAACAGUAUCAUCUUCUUCCUGACCAAACUGCACAAAGUUUACCACGAGGUGAACAUGUUCUUAACUUUUCUGAUGCAGAAGAAAUGAUCAACGACACAGAAUUACUUGAACAGAAAGAUGAGUUAGUAGAUGCAGAGCUUGUUGCAGCUGAUAGGAGAAACAAAAGGGAGAUAAGAGUGUUAGAAAAUGAAUUAAAUAGGUGGCAGGUUCUAGUUGACAGUGUAACAGGAGUAAAUCCACCAGAUUUUGAUAAUCAAACUUUAGCGAUACUUAGAGGAAGACUUGUUAGAUAUUUAAUGAGGUCACGAGAGAUUACUGUAGGCCGUUCAACAAAAGACCAUAAUGUAGAUGUAGAUCUUACAUUGGAAGGGCCAGCUUGGAAAGUCUCACGCAGGCAAGGAACAAUCCGUUUAAGAAAUAACGGAGAUUUCUUUCUUUCUUCAGAAGGAAAGCGACCAAUUUUUGUGGACAGUAGACCUAUUCUUGCUGGAAAUAAAAUGAAACUUAACAAUAAUAGUGUAAUUGAGAUUGCAGGUCUCAGGUUUAUAUUUUUAAUAAAUCAAGAACUUAUUUCUGUUAUACGCCAGGAAGCAGUUAAAUUGAAUUUGAAGCCAUGAA